AGGCUGCGGGGCAAGGUGCCUGGGUGUUUUAUUUUUUUCCUCCUGGAAAAAGUUAUUUGUACAUGUCUCCUCGUUACAUGUGCUAAAUAUUCUCUUUAGUAUAUACGUUGGACUGGAUUUCCUGGUAUAUAGGGAUCGCAUACUAGAGAAUUCCUAUAGAGAACCUUCCUUUCUUCAAAACUGGAUGGAUCCUGUCACUUGUACGGAGCACCUCCUGUCUAGCCACUGGGAGACGCAAAGAUGCAAAGACGACCUGCACAGGAGCCCCGGCCUCCAGGUUCAGGACGCGGAGAGGAAAGGUGCGUCUGCAGGCGGCAGGCGGCAGGCAAGGGCGCCCAGGAGCUCAGCCCGAGGCCGCCGCCAGGGGGCGCGCUCCACCCUCCGGCACCAACCGGCCAGGCAGGCGUUGGGGCCGGGCGCUCGGAGCACGAACUAAAGGCCUCAAGGCCGCGCCGGGGGCUAGGCUGCCGGCCGGCGGCGGCGGGAGGGGGCGCUGCGGGGCCGGGCGGGCGGGGCGCGGAGGAAGUGCCGUCUUCGCCGCCGCCUGCGCCGCGCGGGCCGCGAUGUCGUCCCGGCCGGGGCGCGGCGACCCGGGGGCCGGGGGCGCGCGGCGGGCGCGGGAGCCGCCGGAGCAGGAGCUGCAGCGCCGCCGGGAGCAGAAGCGGCGGCGACACGACGCGCAGCAGCUGCAGCAGCUCAAGCACCUGGAGUCCUUUUAUGAAAAACCUCCUCCUGGGCUUAUCAAGGUGCCAGUCAGACACUUCGGGCUUUGUCACAAGCCUGUGCCUUUGUGGCAAUUUACUCAGCCGGGUGUCUGUUCCCUAAGAACCCCAGGCAGGCCCACGCGAGUCCCUCAGCCAUCGCCCCUUCUCUGCACCAUGGCCAGUGUCAGACUCUGAGGCAAUAAGACUUAGAGGAGUGGUUAAAGGCCAAAAUAACCUUUUCUGUUUGCUACCUUUCAAUAUUAAAAAAGAUUUUAAAAAACAUUUUCAUUAGAAAUUUAAUAUACAUGGAAACUUGAAAAAAAAUCAAAAGGCUAAAAAAUGCAGGCUCGAUCCCCAACCCCAGUCGGGGUGUGUGUGAGAUGCAACCAAUAGAUGUGUCUCACAUCAAUGUUCCUCUCUUUCUCUGUCUCUCCCCCUCCCUUCAACUCUCUAAAAAUCCAUGGAUCCUGACUGGUGCAGCUCACUGGUUGAGCAUCGACCUGUAAACCAAGAGGUCAGGUCACCAUUCCAUCCCUGGUCAAGGCACUCCCUCGAUCCCCAGUGUGGGGCGCAGGAGGCAGCCAAUCAAUCAUUCUCUCUCAUCACUGAUGUUUCUAUCUCUCUCUCUCCCUCUUCCUUCCUGUCUGAAAUCAAUAAAAAAAAUGUUAUAAAUAAGUAAAUAUCAGUGGAAAAUAUCUUCAGGUGAGGAUUAACCAAAAAGAGAGGGAGAGAGAGAGAGAGAGAGAACUUUAAUGCAGGUAUUUGGUGGUGUUAAGUACAUUUCAUAAAUACACCUGUGGCCUUCAAGGUAUAAUAAUCCAUUUUAACUUAACAUGCUUUUGUUGUUAUUCCAGGAAACCUUACUUGUUUAAUCCUAUACUUUGCCUCAUUCCACAAAACUUUUUUUUAAUAUAUAUUUUAUUGAUUUUUUACAGAGAGGAAGUGAGAGGGCUAGAGA